AUGCCAACUGCUAAAUUUCAACAGCUCUUGAGCUUGAGCUCUUGCCUCAUUGUUAGUCUCUGCCUGAUGUCCAUGGCAGAGGCUGGCGAGGAAGUGACAACACUUCUAGCUGCAGAGCAGAGCAUCUUGCGCAUCAAUGGUGGCCAGCAGAUGAAUCAGUCGGUGCCCUAUCAGAUCUCCAUGCAGAUGCUGCGACGCGGUGGCUGGCGUCACUUCUGCAGCGGCUCCAUAGUCAGCGAGCAGCAUGUGCUCACCGCCGCUCACUGUGUGGACAAGCUGGAGGUGAGCAGCCUUAGUGUGCUCGCUGGCGUACUCAACUGGAAGCAGGCCGGCCAGAGGCACAAGAUUGUGGCCAAGCAUGUGCAUCCGCAAUAUGCUAUGAGUCCACGCAUCAUCAAUGACAUUGCCCUGCUGAAGGUCAGUCCGCCAUUUGAGCUGCAGCGGGCCGAGGUAUCCACGAUACAUUUGGGUGGCACGGAGCGAAUCGGUCGCCAUGUGCCUGUCCGGCUCACCGGCUGGGGCUCUACAACGGCCAGCAGCACGGGCACUCAGUUGCCGGAUCGCCUGCAGGUGCUUAACUAUCAGACCAUCUCGAAUGAGGAAUGCGUCAAGAGGGGCUUUCGCGUCACGCCCAACGAGAUUUGCGCGCUGUCCGCACCGGGCCGGGGCGCCUGCAUGGGUGACUCGGGUGGUCCGCUGAUCUUGGCAAGCGGCGGCAACCGGCAACACCAGUUGGUGGGCAUUGUGUCAUAUGGCAGCGCCACCUGUGCCCAGGGCAGGCCUGAUGUCUAUACGCGUGUCUCCAGCUUUUUGCCCUACAUCAGCACGAUCCUUAACCAGGAUCUGGGCCCAGUCGCAACGCCUAAACAAUAA